AUGCCACUUAUUUCAAUUUUAUUUACUUGUCUUUUAAUUCCUAUUUUACAUGGUCAAUUGGUUAUAAAACCAUCAGAAUCAAUAGUACUGCGAGAUCAAUUUAAAUCAUUUGUUGCUUCAUGUACUGGACUACCAAAUACUCGAGUUGCCACUUGGAGAUCUCCAUUACAAAUCGACAUCAAAGAAGAUGAUACUGCAAGAGUGACAAUCGAACGUCAAACAUAUGGAUUACGAUUACGCAUAAGGAAUUUAACACGAAGUGAUCAAGGCAUAUGGGAAUGUUUAGGAUCUGAUUUAGGUGGGCGACCAUUAUUACGUACUUUACAAAUUAAUGUUAAAGUUCCAAUAACAUUUUUGGGUGAAAUAGUUCAAUAUGCAGAAUUAGACACCGCUGUUCUAAUUAAAUGUCGUGUAUUAGCAAAUCCAUCAGCUGAAGUAUCUUGGUUUAAAGGACGUGACAAAACUCGUUUAGUAUCAUCAAAUUAUGAACGAAGUAAUGAUGGUUUAAAAAUUCAUCGAGUUUCAUUAGCUGAUAAUGAUCUAUUCUGGUGUCAAGCUGAUGUUCUUGAAACAGGAGAAUCCAAAGAUUAUCCAAUUCAAGUUGUUAUUGCACAACCUAUAACAACACCUAGAAUUGUUUGCGCAGCGCCAUGCGCUGUUGAAAAGCAAACUGCCACUUUGAUUUGCGAAGCAGGCGGAAUGCCACCACCACAGUUUCUUUGGUUUUAUGGACAAGAUGUAUCCAUUGUUACAAAUGUUAUUUCGAAAUUUGUUGCUCGUGGAAAUACGUUAGUUAUUAAUUAUGUCGAUGAAACAGAUAAUGGUCGAUAUUCUUGUCAAGUAUUUAAUGAUUAUGAUAGACGUGGACAACGAGCAGAAUAUAUGCUUAAUGUUAUUGUUCCACCUCGUCUUGCGCCUAUUUCUCCGAUAAAAAUCAAUUUUGAUGAAAAUACUCCACCACAACGAGUAGUUUUUACAUGUCGCGUUUUGCGUGGUUCAGCAGAAAGUCUCAGUUUGGAAUGGGUUCUUAAUGAUGGUACUUCUCUAUUACCAAUCAAUGGAAUAUCGAUUGAUAUCAGUCAAUUGGCAUUGAAUCGUUUUAUUGAAUUACGUUUUGAUCCGGUACGCCGUGAGCAUCACGGAAAUUAUACGUGUGUAGCAAAAAACCUUGCAGAUAUUACAUCGACAGUUGCUAAUCUUUUUGUUGAAUAUAAACCUAUUUUUAUGGGACCACAUAAACCAGUUAUAUUCAGUGUUCCGAACUAUCGCGCAAUUAUGAAAUGUCAAUUUGAUAGUUAUCCUCCUCCAACCAUACAAUGGGCUAGAAUAGUUCGAAGAUUAAAAGGACUUGAUGAUGGUCAUAUACUUGUACAGGAUAAUGAUCCACAAGUUAUCGAUAUAUUGACUAGACAAAUUGGUCCAACUAUCUAUGAAACACAAUUAACAUAUAAUCCGUUGGAACAAGACUUUGACUUAACUUUUGAAUGUCGUGCUAUCAAUCCUCGAAUUGGGCGAUAUUCAAUGAAUAUGCGGCGUGCUGAACCGCCACAACAAGUUCGUGUCGUUGAAGUUAAACCAAAAUCGAAUUCCAUUCAAUUAAAUAUUCAACCACCAUUGGAAAUAGGUGGCUUACCUUUACUUGAAUAUUUAGUUCGAUAUGAGCAAAUUGGUGUCCCUAAUUCACUUAAAACACACACUUUUCCGGCUAUACCAAAUGAGCCACAAUCUCUUCUUAUUGAAUCUCUUCAGCCGUCAAUUUUAUAUCGAAUGCAAAUCAUGGCAAAAUCUCGUGCUGGAGAAGGUGUUCUCUCUAUACCUUAUCAGUUGAAAACACUCGAUCGACAAGUUCCACAAUUUAAAAUUCUUUCGUCAGAUCUGUCAUGUCUCGAUGAUCAAUCUUGUUUAAUUAAAUGGGUCAUUGAAUCCGAUGGUGGUUCACCUAUUUCACGAGCUGAAAUAUCUUAUACUAAAUCAUUUAGUAUCAACGGAAUGGAGCAAUGGAGUCCCGCUAUUCAAAUCGAACCAUUGACCAAUGAAUUUGAAUUAAAAGGUCUUCAACCAGAUGCGAACUAUAUUAUUAGAGUUCGUUUACUCAACGAAGCUGGCGUUGGUGAACAGAAAAUCUCAAAGAGAACUAGUAAAUCACGUAUAGAUCCUCGUUCAAAUUUGUCUGAUAAAAGACCUAAGAAUCGAUUUCCAAGUCAAUGGAUUAUUAUUGGGAUAGCAUCGAGUAUUGUUGUCGUUCUUACUAUGAGUAUUGUGCUCUUUAUCGUCAUUCGAAACCGAUCUAAAUACAAUCAAAAUCAAAACCAUGACAAAGCAUCUAAUACGGUUUCAAUAUCUUCGAGAAGAAGCAAAAAUGUUGAACAAUCUAAUGUAGAAUUUCGUAAGCCAUUGCGUGAUGAUGAAAGAUAA